GAUUAUACUUACACUACGUUCGCGGUUUUUGGUGAUUUUCUUUGACAAUUUAAUUAUUAUUCUUGGGUUUCAAUUGAUAAUUAGUGAAUUUUGCUUGGAAUUGAUUGUGAUUUACCUGCGACUAAUUCAUCUUGGUUGAGAUUAUUUGAUUUAUCCAUUUUCGUCUUUAGCGGAAAAGGAUUUUUGGUUACUUUAUCAGUGCUAAUCUCUAUCUAAUUGCUAUCGCUUGUGGCUCUUAUUUUAAAGAAUCAGUGGUGUGCCUCACAUUAGCCAAUUCUCUUCAUCUCCAACACUCAUUACCUACUUAUUUUAAUUUCUUCUCUAUUUUCUGUUACUUUUAUUCUACUCUCUAUCUCUCUCACACACUUUAUUUCUCCUUCUCCUUCUUCUCCUUUCCUGUGUCUUAAUCGCAUUACCACCUUAUCCAUUGUCUUUUAAAACACCAUCUUCCUGUAUUCUCUCUCUCUCUCCUCUCUAUCUCUUUCACAUACUCUUCUAGGCUCUUCUUAAAACUAUGAGUGCUGGUCCAUCAAUUUUGAAGACCAAGGGAAGCCAUUCAGCCAACCAUUUAGCUUCUGGUGAAUUGGUCGCUGUUAAAACAGGUGACGAAUCUUUUUUUGAUUUCUCUGGAGCUCGGUCACUUGGAUCAAUAGAAAAUGAAGACAGUCAACCUCCAGUUAAAAGGAGAAAACAAGAUGCCAAGAGUGGUAAAGGAUUGAGACAUUUCUCUAUGAAGGUUUGUCAGAAGGUUAAAGACAAAGGAACAACAACUUACAAUGAAGUUGCCGAUGAGCUGGUCGCUGAAUUUUCCGCCGAUCCGAUUGCCAGUAGAGCUGCUUUUUCAGGAAGAUACUCAGAUAAUGAUGCUGAGCCUUUUGAUCAGAAGAACAUCCGUCGUCGGAUAUACGAUGCGCUCAAUGUUCUUAUGGCAAUGAAUAUUAUUAGUAAAGAAAAGAAGGAGAUUAAAUGGAUCGGUCUACCAACCAAUGCUUCUCAAGAAGUUGUCGAAUUGGAGAAAGAAAAACAAGAAAGAUUAGAGAAAAUUAGUGCCAAGAAAGAGCAAUUAAGAGAUUUGCUUAUCCAACACAUCGCUCUUCGAAAACUAAUCGAAAGAAACAAAACUGAUCCCGUUGUCUCUUCGAACGCUAAAAUUCACCUUCCUUUUAUCAUUGUAAAUACCGAUAAACGCACGAUCAUCGAUUGUUCGAUUAGUAACGACAAGACAGAAUAUCUGUUCAAUUUCGACAAUGCCUUCGAAAUUCAUGAUGAUGUUGAAGUUCUCAAAAGAAUGGGAAUGGCACUUGGAUUGGAUCGAAAUGAUUUAGUACAAAUUGAUCGAGAUGCUUAUGAGAAAGCGAGAUCAUCACUACCUGAAGCUUUAAGAUCAAGUUUGGAUGAAAUGGUGGAAGAGAAAGGAAGUAUCAUCAUCAAUUGAUAGAAUUUCAAAGAAAAGACAAAAAAAAGAAAAGUAAAAUAUUGGAAGACACAAACAACAACAACAACUUUUUCUAAAGAAAAUCAAUUAAUUUUUUAGCCAUUAAACAUGGAGAAAAACAAUCAACAGCUUCGCGCCACGUGAAUAUAAUUAUACAUAAAUUACAUUAUAAAAUCUUAAUAUUAUUUGGAAACCAAUGUUCACACUUCUCAUCGCAUCUCUACCAAUCCACUAAAUUGUAAACUUAACAAUUAAGAAAAGCACCUCUUUCUUCAUGUGUAUUUGCGUCUCUCUCAGACUCUUGGAUAAAAUUGUUAUUUGCUUUGCUGGAAUCAACUAAUCAUCAUUGCUAAAUCAAAGAUAUAAUAAUAAUUACCGUUUCUCUCUCUUUCUCUUUACCACAAUUUCCUCAUCAUUUGUUGAUUAUCAUUAUUAUUAAACAUUAAAUUGUUCGAAGAGAUUCAAUUUGAAAGAAA